GCUGGGAGGUGGCUCAUCCGCAGGACCAGCCAGGGCCCAGGGACGGGGCUCGGGCAGCAGCUGUUUCUUGAUGCUGAUUUGGAGGCAGUAGCCCUGAGUGCCUGCCCCUUUUGUCUCCCUCCUUGAUGCCACAUGACCUGGGCCUCAGCUUCCUACAGGGGUGCCAUCCAAAAGCUAUGCUGCACUCACAUCAGGCACCCAUACUGGCACAGUGCCUGGCACAGUCAGUGCUUAGUCACUAUUAUUAUUAUUAUUAUUAUUAUUAUUAUAGAAUCCCCAGGCUCAUGGCCUUGAGGGAAGGUGGCUGGCCCUGGGGCCCGGGGAACCAGGCCCAUCCCUUGUCACAUCAAGUGACUUAGCAACUCCCAGGGAGGUGGGCUUAGGGCCCCCAGACCACCCGAUGAAGGAACCCCCUCAUUUGUGUGUCCACAGUGGCUGCUCAGCUCCCUUGUGAGGUCACAGGCCCGGGGUCCCCCCAGGCCCAAGGCAGCCUUGCACAUCUGCUUACCUGGGUUGAGUCCAGUUCCCUGCCCUGCAGCAGUCACCCCUUUGGGCCUCGGUCCUGACCAAACUGCAAUAUGGUGUGAGCUGGCCUCAGUGUUGCCAGGAGAAGCUGCUGGAAUGUUCCAAGCAGACCUCCACCCCCACAGAGCUCCCCACCCCACACUGUGCUCUGAGAUGCCCUAUUCAAGUGACGUGCCUUACAUUUUUGUGGGUUCGUAGGCUCUUAGGAAAGUGCAAAGAACCUUGCGGAGGUGGGAGAGGGGCGGGUGUGGUUUGCCCUCAGCAUCCAUCAGCAGAAGUCUGAAGGUGAGAGAGGAUGGGGGGAAGGAAGAGGGAUAAAUAUUUGUUGAGUACUUGGUAACAAUAACCACAGCUGACCAUUACUAAGCUCUUACCAUGCACACAAUGGCCAGUGCUUCAUGUGGUGGAACGGUAGCAUCCCCUUUUUACAGGCAUGGAAACUGAGGCAGGGAAAAGAUGAGUGACUUGCCCAAGGUCACACAACUACAGAGGCAGGGUCAGGGUUUGAGCUCAGGUGAGCUCAGGUGGCGGCUUUAGGGGUCAGCAAGUCUCUUAGCUCUUGGGUCUCUGGCCAGUAUGCCUUCCUCUCUGGAGGAGGGUUGGAGCUAGGGACAAGCCUGGAGUGACAGGGGCUCUGAUGAUGUCCCUGUUCUGCUACAGUCACCCUCUCUGGGGGAUGUGGUGCCCGCCCUGUGCCCAAGACAACUGCCCCGUUUCUCCUGAUCAGAGUAGGAGGCCUGUGGGGUCAGUUUGGCCCCCAUCAUGCCUAUGGGGACAGCGUAGGGCUCCAGCAGGCUCUCAGCACAGAGUGCCCAUCAGGGCAGGCCAUCCUGUUGGCUGGAACAGCUCAUGGAGUCCUCCAGAAAACUUAGGGCCGUGGUGGCAGUAGUCACUUAACAAUAGCUGGCAACCCUGAGGGCACUGACGCCCUGUCCUGGGCUUAGAACUGGCCAGCAUGGUCUCAUCCUUGAUAAACACCCAUCAGGUGGUAGGUGGAAGGGUGACCUUAACAGAUGAGGAGAUUGGGGCACAAAGCCCCAAAUGAUAAGUUAAGUAGGCAAAGAGGGGUCCUGCUGCCCAAUCCAGUGGGAGAGGAAAGAGAGGGAUGGGGAGGCGGGGCAGGGAGGUGGACAGAAGGAAACCAGGUAUUUAUCACAAGGUAUGACACAGUGCGGUGGGGAGCAGAGCCAAGGGCCCACUGUGAGAAUGUGUAAGGGAGUAAUCAUGGUGGGCUGCCUGAAGGAGGCAUCAGCCAAGCAGAGACCAGAAGAGAAGUGAGUCAGAGAGAGGAGGAAAGGGUCCCCACUCGUCCUUGGCACCAGGCCAAGGACUAAGUGCAUCAGAGAGCUCCUCUGAUGAACUUCAAGAUGGACCCCUUCGCGGACACGCUGCAGCGGCUGCGGGAGGCCUUCGACUCGGGGUGCACGCGGCCGGCCGAGUUCCGGGCUGCCCAGCUGAAGGGCCUGAGCCGCUUCCUGCAAGAGAACAAGCAGCUUCUGCAGGAGGCGCUGGCGCAGGACCUGCACAAGUCAGCCUUCGAGUCAGAGGUGUCUGAAAUCAGCAUCAGCCAGAAUGAGAUUAACUUGGCCCUUAGGAACCUGCGGGCCUGGAUGAAGGAUGAGAAAGUGCCCACGAACCUGGCCACACAGCUGGACUCGGCCUUCAUCCGGAAGGAGCCCUUCGGCCUGGUGCUCGUCAUCGCCCCCUGGAACUACCCUCUGAACCUGAGCCUAGAGGCCCUGGUGGGCGCCCUCGCAGCAGGCAACUGCGUGGUGCUGAAGCCCUCAGAGAUCAGCAAGAGCACUGAGAAGGUCCUGGCCGAGGUGCUGCCAUACCUGGACCAGAGCUGCUUUGCCGUGGUGCUGGGCGGGCCCCAGGAGACCGGGCAGCUACUGGAGCACAAGUUCGACUACAUCUUCUUCACAGGGAGCCCCCGAGUAGGCAAGAUUGUCAUGGCUGCUGCCGCCAAGCACCUGACGCCCGUCACGCUGGAGCUGGGGGGCAAGAACCCCUGCCACGUGGACGACAACUGCGACCCCCAGACCGUGGCCAACCGCGUGGCCUUCUUCCACUAUUUCAACUCCGGCCAGACCUGCGUGGCCCCCGACUAUGUCCUGUGCAGCCCCGAAAUGCAGGCUCGACUGCUGCCCGCCCUGCAGAGCGCCACCACCCGCUUCUACGGCGAAGACCCCCAGAGCUCCCCAGACCUGGGCCGCGUCAUCAGUGAGAAGAAUUUCCUGCGGCUCCGGCGCCUGCUGAGCUGUGGCCGCGUGGCCAUCGGGGGCCAGAGUGAUGAAAGCGAUCGCUACAUCGCUCCCAUGGUGCUGGUGGGCGUGCAGGAGACGGAGCCGGUGAUGCAGGAGGAGAUCUUCGGGCCCAUCCUGCCCAUCAUGAAUGUGAGGAGCCUGGACAAGGCCAUCGAGUUCAUCCGCCGUCGGGAGAAGCCCCUGGCCCUGUACACCUUCUCCAACAGCAGCCAGGUGGUCAAGCGGGUACUGGCCCAAACCAGCAGCGGGGGCUUCUGUGGGAACGACGGCUUCAUGCACAUGACUGUCGCCAGCCUGCCCUUCAGAGGAGUGGGCGCCAGUGGGAUGGGCAGCUACCACGGCAAGUUCUCCUUCGACACCUUCUCCCACCCCCGCGCCUGCCUGCUGCGCCGCCCUGGGCUGGAGAAGGUCUACGCUGUCCGCUACCCGCCCCACACUCCACGCAACCUGAGGGUGCUGCUCGCAGCCAUGGAGACCCGCAGCUGCAGCUGCGCCCUGCUCUGAGCCACCCUGCGCACAGGGGCUCCGAGCGUCCCUCCCAGCUCAUGUCUACGAGUCCUCCGCUGCCGUGGCCACCUGAGGCUGGUGGAGACAUGACCUGGGGUCCACGACACAGGGGGAAAACACCUGCCGGGGCCACGGCCCAGACCAGUGCUUGCCCUCCUCCCGCCUGGGGCUUCUCUUUUCAGGCCCUCAGCUGCCCCCCCAGCCAGGAUGGGCCAAGGUUUGGGAGCAUCGGAAACAGUGCAGUAACCUGCCCUCCCGCUCCCAUGCUGGCCACCUGUGUUCCGGGAGACGAGGGAAGAUGCGGGCACCUCUCAGGACAGAAGGUGCCCUUUCUGUGGAGGGUGCAGAAGGGGUCCUGGCAUCCGGUCCGUGACACACUGCGGGCCUGCUGUGACCUGGGUCGUCCCUGCCCUCUCUGAGCCUGGUUCCCUAUCUGUUGCACAGAGGAGGUGAUUAACACCUCCUGAGAUCAUCGUGAGGAUUAAAUUUUGGAGCUUAAUUGCCGA